UACACAAAACUAACCCCAACUGUACUAAGGCAUAAACAAAGAACUCUGUGCUGCUAUUGGGCCUUUUUUACACAUCUCAGCGAACUUUUGUUUGUUGGUUCGCUGAAUAACACAAGAAGAAGAAGAAGACGUUCUAAACUUACAUACAUGCUUUAUAGAACGUAACAAGUUAUGGGACAAAUUGAAGAAAGUAAACGUAAACCAAGACGUACCCGUGGUACACCGUCCUAUUACUAUCGUAAUCGUUUUGCCGCAGCGUCUAUCGCUAUUGGAUCGUCAAUAUUUGCAUUGUUCUAUUUGACGCCCGUUUUUCAGGUGGCAAAUGAAAAGCUUAAUAAAAGUUUGCUAGUAGUGACUGAGGAGGAAAAAGAUCGAAAAUUCACAUUCAAUUUAGGAGCGAUACCAAGGACCUCGGAGGGAAUUCAAAAAAACAUCGACGAGACAAAAGAAUUGUUCUCUCAGCGGUAAAUAAGACGCUUAUUAGUAUGGAUCGUGAAAGACGCAAAGCCAAUUUGAAAAAAUUACAAUUACCGAGCACGAAAGCCCAUCA